AUGAUCGUCAGAUCAUUGGAUCCUAAUAAGGAUCCCUUUAGGCCACAAAAGGAACAUGAAGAGAUACUUGGUUCUGAAGUACCAUAUUUCAGUGCAAUUGCUUCAUCGUCUUUGGCUCCUCACUCGUCUCCUCAGCUGCGACUUUCUGAUUUUGUAGCUGAACUCCGAAGGCAAAACCAUCAAGAAGAUGAGAAAAGGGCCUUCUCAGCCCUCACUAUUGGUAUUAAAAGUAGUAAUCAUCAUCAGGCUAAGCCUAACAACAUUGUUCAUUAUGGGUCUCGGGGAUUAAGGAGUGAUAUUGACAGAAUCAGCAAUCUUGAUGAAGCUCUAGGCUUUUACAAGCAGAUGGUCCGGAUGAGACCUGUGCCUAGUGUUGUUCAUUUCACUGAAUUGCUGGGUCGUAUUGUUAAAAUGAAGCAAUAUUUGGUGAUUCUUUCUCUUUACAGAGAUAUGGCUGAGUUAGGAUGCAUUCCGCUUAAUGAAUACACGCUAAGUAUUGUGAUUAAUUGUUACUGCUUCUUCGGUAGAGUGGAUUUUGGGUUUUCUAUAUUGGGUAGCUUCUUCAAGCGAGGUAUUGUGCCCGAUACGGCCACAUUUACCACUCUGCUCAAAGGACUUUUUCGGGAACACAAAAUUCAUGAGGCACAAGGAUUGUUCAAGAAAAUAAUGUAUGAAAAGCUAUGCGUACCCUGCAAAAUUACGUAUGGGACUGUGAUAGAUGGGCUUUCUAAGGCUGGGAACACUAGCAUGGCCAUUCAAGUCCUUAGAUUCAUGGAAAAAGGAGGAAGGUGCAGGCCUGAUACAGCUGCUUACAACACUAUUAUCGACAGGUUGUGCAAGGAUAAAAUGAUGGAUAAAGCUCUCUCCCUUCUACACGAGAUGAUUGAGAAAGGAAUUGCCCCGGAUGACAUCACUUACAAUUGUUUGGUCUGGGGUCUGUGCAACUUAAGUAAAUGGAAGGACAUUGAAAAGCUCUUGACUGAGAUGAAGGCUUAUAAUAUUGUUCCAAAUGUUAUUACUUAUAAUAUUCUUAUCGAUGCCCUAUGUAAGGAAGGACAGUUAGAAGGUGCAGAGGAGGUGCUGAAAAUCAUGAUUGUGCAAAAUCAGAAGCCUGAUAAUGUUACAUAUAAUGCAUUGAUGGAUGGGUACUGUUUACAAGGCCGAAUGGAUGAAGCAAAGAGAGUUUUUGAUAAAAUGGCUGCUAACGGCCUUAGUCCUGAUGUUCAAAGCCAUAAUAUAUUGAUCCAUGGCUAUAUGAAGAAAAUGAAAGUGGAAGCAGCCAUGAGUCUCUUCCAAGAGAUCCGAUAUAAAGGGUUAACACCGAAUGUUGCAACUUAUAACACUGUCCUGCAGGGUUUAUUUAGUGUGUGGAGGUAUCUUACAGCAAUCGAAGUUUUCAAUGAGAUGCGAGCUGCUGGCAUAAAGCCUGAUUUUUACACUUACUGUGUGUUAUUGGACGGUUUAUGCAAGAACUCACAUGUUGAGGCAGCACUUCAAUUUUUGCACAAGAUGGAAGUUGAUGGAGUAUAUUGUCAGAUAGCAAUGUACAACAUCGUCCUUGAUGGAUUAUGCAAAUGUGGGAAGCUUGACAGUGCCCGACAUCUUUUCUAUAGUCUCUCCUCUAAAGGAUUAGACCCUGAUGUUACAACAUAUAACACGAUGAUAAAUGGCCUCUUUUCAGAAGGUUUACUGCCGGAAGCCAAAGAGUUUAUUAAGAAAAUGGAAGAAAAUGGUUGCACACCAAAUCAAAUUACAUUUAAUAUUAUUGUUCAUGGACUUCUUAAGGGUGGCAAAUUUAAUGAUGCAAUGGUAUGUUUUGAUGAAAUGGAUAGGAGAGGAUUCUCGCUGCAUUUGUCUACUUUUUCAUUUUUACUAGAUUCAUACAGAGAUAGUGGAAACGAUCCCUCUCUUUUUAAGGUGAUAGAGAAGUUUGCACCAAAGAUGUGUAAUGGAAGUCCAAAUAAUGGAGAAGGGGGAUCUUAUCCUUAAUUGGCUUCAUUUGGGACCUUUGGAUAUUCUGCUGCUUUUUUUGGCUCCUUGCGUUUAAUCAUCCAAAGGUACAUGAUGUAGAUUCGCAGCUGACAUUGUUGUCAGUAUCUGUCCUUUGGUUUCCAAAAGUUUAUCAACAGUCCUUGGUGGAGCAAUCUUUGAGCAUAUUCUAGAGAUUUGAAGAUUAAAUACUUGCAUGGUGGUAAGCGACAAUGUGUUAGAAGCUCUCUCAUGACUAUCAGAUGAAAGAGUGUCUGCUUGCCCGUUUUCAAUGCAUUUCAUGGUUUGUACUCUGUGAUCACGCCUCUCUCAUCACUUUCUCAAAAUUUUAUGCCUAAUUGUCUCGAUGGUUCACAUUGUCUGUUUGAGUCACUCUUAUGUAUGCUUACUUUAUACAUGAUAGCUUGUCCAUGUAAUUUUCUUGUUGGGUUACUAAAUUGCAGCUUAAUUGCUCUUAUACAGACAUUGUUCGCAUGGCAGUUGCAAAAUAAUCAAUUAAGUGACCAAAAAAAAAACAGGAGUUGUGGAUGAAAGUCAUUGUACUGUAGAAUUCACUUUCUCCAACUAAACUUGGCUGCCAUUUUUUCGAGUCUUCUUUGUUUGAGUGCGUGUUCUAAUUCUUCCCAUAUACAUCCCUGCCCUCCCCUUAGACAUGAAAUUAGCUCACAAGUCCCUGAAUUUACGGAUUAAAGAUCAGAGAAAGUGUAACUAGCCGUAACACCCAGAAGUUUUUACCUCCUGUGAUAAUUGGAAAUUGCAUUCUGUAAAUUUUAGAGGUUACAAAGUGUUUUUUGGUUGAUUUUGGUGCCUUAAGUUUGCAAGCACGAGCACAAUUAAGGUCCAAACAGUUUUGUAUUAGGGCCAUUAACUUCUGAGUUUUUGUCACACAUUUAUUAACCAUUUUCAAGUCGUGAACUAUUGAUGCACCUUGUGGAAGGCAAAGGAUGCCCUCCAGCCAAAGACUGAAGGGCAGUCGUGGCAUAGCAGCUCUCAAUCCGCUUGUUCUGGUUGAAGAGCAGCUAUGGUUAAACUAUUAAACUUCAAUUCCCUUGUAUCUUCUUUACUGAGGGUUUUUCCCCACGGGAAUUUUCUGAGCUACUGAUACACAUUGCAGGCACACUUCUGAGCUUUCUGCUCCCUUUCUCUAGAAUGAGGUGAUAAGCAUGCUGGAAUAUUUAGAAAUUAUCAUCCGUAGUUAUCUGUGAGUGGAGAAGAUAGAAGUAAGUUUGGCUUAGUUGUUACCUCCGGCAUCUUCUAUUCUAUUAUAGACGAAAAAUGCUUCUCUUUCCUUUUCUGAAUUUUGUGAGAGAUUGUAGAAGAAGCUUACUUAGUUGUUAGCAUAAUCA